UAUUGACAACCGAGUGAAGUUGGCGCAGUUUUCUAGCAGUUUUUUUUUUGUUUCCAUCGGCGUGGAGUUUGAUUUUUUCCAAGUAGUUUUCCAAAGUGUUUUUCUCCUUCAAUUUGUAGGUGAUUUUCCUUCUGUAUAUCAGUGUUUAGUAGCCAAAGCCAUGGCCUUUCUCAGAAGAUUCACUGCCGUAGCCCACAAGACUUUCUUCAGAGGCUUUUCAUCCGCCGGAAGUAGAGUUGCUUUCAACUGGGAAGAUCCUCUAAAUCUCGAGUCCCAGUUUACUGAUGAUGAAAUUGCCAUUAGAGAUUCGUUUAGGGCGUACUGCCAAGAGAGUCUAAUGCCUAGAAUAGUCCUAGCGAAUCGCAAUGAAGUAUUCCAUCGGGAAAUUUUAGAGGAGAUUGGAAAACUAGGAGCUCUGGGAUGCACAAUAAAGGGUUACGGAUGUGCAGGAGUGUCCAAUGUUGCCUAUGGUCUUCUGGCGAGAGAAAUUGAACGUGUAGACUCUGCCUACAGAUCUGCACUCAGUGUCCAGAGUUCUCUGGUAAUGGGAGCCAUUUAUGAUUAUGGAACCGAUCAGCAGAAGGAAAAGUACCUUCCAAAAAUGGCUCGUGGAGAGUUAAUUGGUGCUUUUGGGCUCACAGAACCAAAUCAUGGAAGUGAUCCUGGUAGCUUAGAGACUCGUGCAAAAUUCGAUAGUGCCUCAAAAACUUAUGUACUCUCCGGAAGCAAAACCUGGAUCACAAAUUCCCCAAUCUCAGAUGUGUUUAUCGUUUGGGCGAAAUGCGAUGAUGGGAAGAUUCGAGGAUUCAUUGUUGAUCGAUCAGAGAGUUCCAAAGGACUCGAUACUCCCAAGAUUGAGGGAAAAUUCUCACUGAGAGCUUCUACAACUGGCAUGAUUCUAAUGGAUGAUGUUCGUGUUCCUGAGGAAAAUCUUCUGCCGAAAGUUGAAGGGCUCAAAGGACCUUUUGGCUGUCUCAAUAAUGCUCGAUAUGGAAUUGCUUGGGGUGCUCUUGGAGCUGCAGAAUCGUGUCUUCACAUCGCUCGUCAGUACACUUUGGACAGAAAACAGUUUGGACGCCCAAUAGCUGCAAAUCAAAUCAUCCAGCUCAAACUUGCAAAUAUGAUCACGGAUAUAUCCUUGGGUUUGCAAGCUUGUCUACAAGUUGGACGGCUUAAGGACCAAAAGAAACACACUCCCGAAAUGAUUUCACUGAUCAAGAGGAAUAAUGCCGGAAAAGCGCUGGAAAUUGCACGUGUUGCCAGGGACAUGCUUGGAGGGAAUGGAAUAGCUGAUGAGUAUCAUAUAAUUCGACAUGCAAUGAAUCUAGAAGCAGUUAAUACAUAUGAGGGAACUCAUGAUAUUCAUGCGCUCAUUCUUGGCAGAGCCAUCACUUCAAUUGCUUCUUUUUCCUAAAUAGAGGAGAUAUUCUACAAAAAAAAAACACUCACAUGAAGGUGCAAUCCGAAUCAUCCCUGAAAGUUAUUAGAGAUUUGUAGACACUUUCGCAAAGUUUUAAAUAUAUUUCUAUUUUUGUUUUAAA